GCAGCAGCAGAAGAAGAAAGUGGUCUUGGACUAGCUGAGCAAGUGGGUGAGCAGGGGCCAGACCUGAGCCGGGAGCCAAGCCCACCUACUCAGCAAUUCUCACAUGCAGUUCCCAGGUGGGAGCCGAGGAGAGAAGCAGCAGGAGGGGGGGUUCAGAGACCCACGAUCUGCCUGUCUCCUUUCCGCAAGCCAUGUUUAUCACUGUGAUGUUUGGAGCUGACUGUCGCGUGCUAGUAAACUCCUGGUGCAGCCUGGUGACCUUCAUUGUGCAUCUGAAACAGAAGGCUCAGGUGCCCCCAGAAGCAACCAUUGCUCUCCUGGCUGAAGACGGGCACCUGGUGAGGCUGGAAGAGGGGAUGGUCCAGGCCCCUUCCAUGGCCUGUUCCCUACUGCAGGAGCAAGGGACCUAUGUCCUUGUACGGGCCAUUAGAGGGAAAGAUGGGGCUCCCACUCACUAUGAGUCUCUACUGGACAACCUAGAUGACCAAUACCCAGAGUUAGCAGGAUUUCCUGGGUCUUCCAGAGGAGUUGUGCUGGCUCUCCGGCUUGCCAGGCACAAGCCACAGUCAGAGAAGACGCACGGGCGUUCGGCGUGGCCACAGGGAACAAGGUCCCCCUUCAAGGUCUCGGAGGGUGGCCUCCCUCCCAUCUAGAAACCGCUAGCGGGAGCCAUAGCCAGAUGCAGGUCCACAUUUCUCCAGCCUGGCACACACUUAGGGGCUCAAUGCAUUGCUGCUGACUGAACCCAGUGAGUGAUGAAGCGGUCUGUGCAGGGGUCUGAAGGGCCUACUUCCGUUCCAGCCAGGUCCUAUGACCUGGCGCACCACAGCCAAGUGGCCCAGCUGGACUUGGAUCCAAGGGGACUGGUCCUGACCUCUGCAUUAUCAUCAACUGCAAACACACAGCCGUCCAGCAGGACUCCUCUUUCAGAAUCUGGCGUUACUAAGAAGUUACAUCAGCAAGAAGGGAAAGGUCACAGACAGGAUGUGUGGCGCACCCCCCCACCUCCCCGCCCCACAUUUGAGUGCAGAGAAAAGGAUCCAAGGACAAAAACAAGAAGACUGAGGGGGCAGAUGUCCCUGUGGGGCAGUGACAGCAGGCUUCUCUUGAGGGUUCGGGGCCCGGGGGAGUAAGGCCCUUGGGUCGGCUGCAAAUGCCUCGCCCCCUACCCCACUUGGAGAGCCCCAAAGUAAUCUGUCCUUGGCUAUCCACAGUGCAGAUUGUAACAGGGUUCCCCCCACCCCACCUCAGAGGUUCAAGGACAGCCCAGGAUUACACAGCAGGAGAGAGCUAUUCAUUCUCUCUCUCCCUACACACACACACACACACACACACACACACACACACAC